CAUCCUUGUGUUUUGUUCCUACCAACAAGUAAAAAGUUUUGACAAUAAUCUAAUCAAUAAAAGGAUUGAUGAAAAAUUUUAAAAUAAUGAAAUGAGCGGAAGAAGAAAUGGAUACUUGCAGAUUGGCCGAACGGCUGUUAGUAUUGUGAAAGGGAACAUUGCUACUCAAGAGAUUGAUGUGAUAGUCAAUACCACAAAUUCUGCGUUACAACUCGACAAAGCAGGACCAUCAUCACAGGCAAUCCUGUCAGCUGCUGGCAACAGUAUUCAAAGUGAAUGUAACGUCAAAUAUCCGUUUAACAUUAACCCUGGUGAUGUUGCAAUUACUGGACCUGGCUAUUUAGAAGCUUUAAAUAUAUUUCAUAUAUAUCUUCCAAAUUACAACGAUUCUGAAGAUGAAAAGCAUAUUUAUACAGCACUGAAUGUGUGUCUCAAAAAAGCUGAUAGUUUGGGACAUCAGUCAAUUGCGUUUCCUGCCCUUGGAACUGGCAAGUUGAACUACAAUCCAAAUGUCGUAGCUAAUGCAUUAUUCGAAGCAGUUCAGAGGUACAACGAAGAAAAUCACAAUCCAAAGUUGGAACUAGUUAUAUGUGUUGUUUACCAAGACCAAAUGUAUCAGAAAUUUGUUGCAGCGGCAAGAAGAAGAGCCAGACUGAAAGGGAAUGAGGCCAGGGGGUUGAUGGAAAAGACAUCUGGAAGUACGACACUAGGGAACACAACUAUUAAAGUCAUGGUAGGAGAUCUGACACAGAAACAGGCAGACGUUUUGGUACACACGUGCUCACAUAAUCUACAAUUGAAUCAAACUGCAGGACUUUCAACCGCUGUUUUAAAAGCUGCAGGACAAGCAAUACAAAAUGAAAUAAAUGACAGUUUCGACGGUACUUUAAAAAAUGGGGAAUUCGUUAUUACUAAUGGUUAUGACCUGAGAUAUAAAAAGGUAUACCACGGACGAGUGUUAUGCUUCGCUGCCAAUGGUGAGAAUGCAAAACCAGAUGAGGUUCUUUCAAAAUUUGUGAAAAACUGUCUAGCAACAGCAAGUAGAUAUGAUACUCGCAGUAUAGCUUUUCCGGCGAUUGGUACAGGGGAACUCAAAUUUCCAUCUGAUAUUUCAGCAUCCAUAUUUAUAGAUGCAAUACGUGAUUUCCUUCAUCACCAUCCACAAACAACUAUUUCGGAUAUCAAAAUCGUUAUAUAUGGCGGUAACAUCACUUGGUCAAGCAUCGAAAAGGCAUACCGAAACGAGCUUUCCCGAUCACAAGGCAUACCAAGUGAUAACAUUCAAGCAAUACCACAAAGAGGAUCCAAAGCAUAUUUUCGUUAUAAAUACAAGGAAGAACCAAAACCUCCAUCUAAUUGGAGCCAUUUUGAAUGUAGUAAAACAAUCAAGGAACUACUUGUAAAACACUCACAGCAACCUUUCAAACUCGUAAAACCAGAUAAUACAACUUUCCAAUCAAUUAAAACUCUAUUUCUGAAUACGAUCGGAGUAAAUGGUGCCCGAGUGGUGUCUAUUAGGAGAAAUGAAAAUCUUAAAGUGUUUGAGAAAUACAUCCAAGACUGUCAAAGACUUUUUUGUAGAGCCAUAAGUAAUGGACCAUGUAAAUCAUUAGCAAACACACCUAGAUCACGCGGUUCAGUCUCCACCUUACAAUAUGUAAACAGAACUAUAGCAAACCAAUUAGAUCAAGAUUUGAAUGAGGUUUAUCUUUUCCACGGAACAAAGAAAGAAAGAGUAGAUGUCCUUCUUCAAAAUGGACUAGAUCCUAGAUUAGCAGCCAUGAACUUUCCUAACUUGUGGUUGGGAGCUGGAGUGUACGCUGCAGAGGAAGCCAGUCUUUCCCAUAAAUAUACACCACCAGAUGGCCAAGGAGUGUGUACAAUGUUUGUGAUGAGGGUUUGUCUAGGAGAUGUUUUUACGACACAAAAUAAAAUGCAAAAUUUAAAAAGACCACCUUGUAAACAGCUUUGCCAAACAACAUGUAUAAAACACAAUGAGUUCUUUGAUUCCGUUGUUGGAGAAUUUCAACAAAGAGAGUUUGUCGUAUACGAUGGUGCUAAAUGUUACCCAGAAUAUGUAAUUGAGUAUAAAGUUGUACAAUGAGACCUUUACUAUGGAGAAUUUUUCUAAAACUUGAUUUGAUAAUUUAUGUAUGCUACAUUUGUUGUUCAAGGAUGCGGAUACAAAAAAAAUAAAAUCGCAAAAUACACAUUACACAUUAUGUACUUAUCCGUGUGCUUUGCUUCAUAUGUUUUAAAUGAUUUAUAUAACUUUGUCUGUGAUAUAUCAUUCAAUAAUAUUAAUUGUGCUUUUACCUUGAGUGAUUUUAUUUUCGUACGUACCAACCAUAAAACAUUAAAUUUUGUUGUUUCACUUUGUAAGUAUUGAUACGCCCAGAAUAAACCAUGGAACGAUUGUUUAAAAAAAACAAGUAUAUCAAUGGGAUACAAACUUUGUGUUUUUUAAUAGCAGCAUUUUUUGUACUCGGCCGAAAAGAGAGCAUUUUUCUAUUUUGAUCCGUGCACAGAUGUAGCUGACAUCUAGAACGGUCAAACAUUUUAAAACCAAACAUGUUUAAA